AUGCCCACAGGCACAAGGAAGGAAGAGGAAGAGGAAGAGGAAGAGGAAGAGGAAGAGGAAGAGGAAGAGGAAGAGGAAGAGGAAGAGGAAGAGGAAGAGGAAGAGGAAGAGGAAGAGGAAGAGGAAGAGGAAGAGGAAGAGGAAGAGGAAGAGGAAGAGGAAGAGGAAGAGGAAGAGGAAGAGGAAGAGGAAGAGGAAGAGGAAGAGGAAGAGGAAGAGGAAGAGGAAGAGGAAGAGGAAGAGGAAGAGGAAGAGGAAGAGGAAGAGGAAGAGGAAGAGGAAGAGGAAGAGGAAGAGGAAGAGGAAGAGGAAGAGGAAGAGGAAGAGGAAGAGGAAGAGGAAGAGGAAGAGGAAGAGGAAGAGGAAGAGGAAGAGGAAGAGGAAGAGGAAGAGGAAGAGGAAGAGGAAGAGGAAGAGGAAGAGGAAGAGGAGGGUAGCCUGGCCACUAGAGUGAGGACUGGAAUUGAAGAAAGUGAUGGAGGCGUCAAGAUGGAAAUGGCAAUAGCAGGCCCCCCCGAUGAUAUGAAGAAAUAA